AUGUCUGACAUCCCUGAAGGCAUGGAAGCUGUUCCAGCACAAACGGAUCCCGAAUUCUACAAAAAGUUCAACACUUCUGAGUUACUCCAAUACUCCUUGAUCUCCCCGGUCACCAAAAACAACGCCAGAAGGACAUGGCAAGUCUGUCCCUCUCUCAACUUCUACAUUGGCCAAGACAGCUUAACCCUCCGCACCAUUCGAGACGACAUGGCGCCUAUCAAGUUCUUCUGGACCUCUCCAAAUCCUGAAAACCUAUUGUCGGAGCCCCCGAUAGUGGAAACCGCUAUCAAUGAGAAUCCAAAAGUGGCUUUUGUGAAGCCAGAGUACAAAAACAUGCUGCAUUGGGUGGAUCACUUCUCGGAAAUCCUGCACAGUAAGGAAAUAAGGCUUUCCCUGACGUCCGCGGAGUCCAUCUUCGGAAUUGAUGAGAUCAAGAUGUUGUUUGUAAACUACAAAAUCGUUGGUUUCAUCGGGACCUCCUUCGAACUUCUGGAACAACUUCUUACACAAUUCCUACCUCUUCAAACCAUUAAGUUGGAUAUGACACCAGACGCGGAUCUCACUGCGGACUUCCAACCUCUCGCAAAUGCAAUUCGAGGUAUUGAUGAGAUCAUGUUCGGAAAGGAGUUCCCAAUGACCCUCGAGAAUUUGAAGGAGGUCAGGAACGAGACCAUCACAAUCCUUUGUCCAUCCAUGGGACUUCGAGAGCUGAACGCGUGGCUUAGAAGUUGGUCGAGUUCAGAAUCUAACAGAAACCUGGUGGAUCUCCAAAUCAGAUUUCCAGCGGAGACAUUCGCAAGGGACUAUCGACGAUUCGUGUUUCAUCAAAUUCAAUUCUUAGUUGGUCAAAACUUCAUUUGCAAUUAUCCCUGCUCCUCAAAGGCCUGGGAUUACGAGCCCAUGAAAUCUCUGGACGGUCCGUUCACAGUUCGAAGAGGAUUUCAGGAUGCGUUGAUGGACUUCUUUCCGGAGAGGCUUUAUAUGAUUGUUAAAUUCACUGUUCAGUUUUGA